AUAACAAGAGUAAAUUGGAGACACGAUGCCUGCCUUUAUGAGACUCUCUCUCUCUGAAUAUUGAAUAGUAUUGGUUCGAAAUCCCUCUACUGAAGUCACAGCACAGGAAGGAGCUUAAAAUGAAACGGGGAGCUCAAUAAGCUCCGUUCAUCAAUUCUACAAGUUCCAUCAUUAUUCAUUGUUGCAUUUUCGGUGGGUUGAGUGAACCACAGUGUGGGGUGAGAUUCGAUCACUUUCCCACAUACAGUCCAGAUCCACUCUCUAACCGAAAGCUUAAACAAUCCGCUGGGAUGUGGGUAUCUGCUGCUAGUCCUAGUUCAUUGGGUCAUCAUCAGUUUCCCCACAGAAUCUCUGAGCAAUUUCACUCUUUCAAGUACCCACCAAGAAGAACGGUUUCCUGCAAGCUCGAAUCAAUGGGAUUCGAAGAAAGAAAUAGUCCCAAUGAGGUGAAGAAAGAAAUCAAGCAGUGUUAUGAACUGAUACAUAAGCUCAGCAGGGGCGUUGUGUACUUGGGAUCUUCAAGGCUUGGCCCAAACCAUCCACACUACUCACAAGCAUUCGAAUUGGGAAGAGACAUUGCCACACUUUUAGAUUGCACGUCCUGGUCCGGGUUGGGACCGGGCCUCAUGGACGCAGUCACACAAGGGGCCUUACAGGCUGGAAAAGCCGUGGGUGGAUUCAAGAUAGCUAAAGAAGGUGGGGAAUGGACCUCAAAAAUGUCUCACCCAUACUUGCCAUCCCAAACAUACCUUACUUGCAGGUUUUUCUCUGCAAGGAAGCAUGGUUUGGUGGACGCCGCUAUGAGAAGUGGUUGCUUGGAUAAGACAGCCGUGGUGGCACUACCUGGCGGCAUUGGAACCCUGGAUGAGGUUUUUGAGCUCAUGGCAUUGAGGCAACUUGACCGAGUCGGUUCGCUUCUCCCCUUUCCCUUCCUCCUCAUGAACUACGAUUCGUUUUAUUCAAAGCUUCUCGAGUUCCUUCGUGACUGUGAGGAUUUCGGCACGCUCUCGCCCGGCGAGGCUACAUCAUUGUUGAAAGUUUGUGACAGUAACACUGAAGCUUUGGCAUAUUUGUCUGAAUUUUAUCAUAUUACCCAUUAGGGGUACUAAAGCACUUCAUCUGCAUUGUACUAAUAAACAUUUUUGUUUGGUGUUGUUGUUAUUUGUAAGGAUCAUUUAUUAUAUACCAACAUAAAUCUCCGAGAUGGGCUACCAGUUCUGGAUUUCUUUUUUCUUUUUAUUAAGUUGAAUUUUAAGUGCAAAAAAGAUACUCGUAUAUGGUUAAAAUACUUAUUUAAAUGUUUGUACUUGUAAAAUUGUUCAUCUAAAUGUAGUAAAUGUUUCUCAAAGUUGGGAUAAGAAAAAUUAAAUCCCAUU